AUGCGCUUUCUCUGGUUUACUGCGGCGCUUGUCGCCGGAUGCGUGGGAGCUCCCAUGGGCUCCGAGCUUCGGACCAGAACUACUUUGAACCCGAACGGUGACGUGGUGAGAUCCCCUUUCAAGGUAUCGUUCGGUCGAGAUCUCAGACUAACAAGCCAGGCUAAUAAUGUGAACAAUGUUAGCUUUAACCUUUGUAAAAACCGACGCGCCGGGAUUCCAAACAAGGGCAACGUCGACCCCGUCAACGAUGGCGACGUGACCAACAACAUCUCCUUCCUUCGCUUGUGCUAA